AUGGCUCCUCAAAUGCUUCACCGUGUAAUUCAUGGCAGAUCAGAUCCAGAACCCUGGCAAAAAGCGCUUCUAAGCUUCCAACCUGCCGUUCUGCACGGUUAUCGCCGCCAUCGAGUGCGGGGUGCAGACUACCCGGGCAUCGUUCCUGCAUUUGGAUCUUCAGACAAAGCAGAAUCAACAUCGGAAAAUGGAACGGAUGCAAGAAAUUUAGCUCGAAAAUCAGUUCUUGGGACCCUCGUCUCUGGUCUGACGGACGGAGAUGUUCACCGUCUGGAUAUCUACGAGGGAAGCGAGUACGUCCAUGAGACAGUUAAAGUAAGAACAUUGAAGGAGUCGUUGCACCAGGAUCACAGCCAUGGAUGUGGGAAUGAGAAUUCAAGUUCUGGUGGGAAUCUUCGUGAUGUUCUCGAUGCUGCUGGGGCGGAGUUCGCGGAUGAGAAGGAGGAGGUUGAUGCCGUGACUUAUGUGUGGGCUGCUGGUGUGGAGAGACUGGAGAGUGCCGAGUGGGAUUUUGAGACCUUCAAGAGGGAUAAAAUGGCUUGGUGGGUUGGUCGUGAUGAGAGUGAGUGGUAG